CCUAAACUUCUUUAUAAAUCCAACAUUGCACUGCAUUGUGGUCGCGUCGUUGUGGCAAUUUCCCUCACACUUUUCCGCAUAAACCAGCACGGUCGCAGGCUAGGUCGGCCCGGUUCAGGCCCGGUGGCUGACCUUCCUCUUCUCGUGCCGCGGUCAAGCUCAAUGUGGAUCGAACACCGCGAUUUCGAUGGAUUUUCGAUGAAGCCGCUCGCAAGCCUGAUGUCGAUCCGCCGCCUCCAUAGGGGCGGUGGAUCAACAAAAGGCUGAGCACCUCCACGAUGAGGGCCUCAGUGCAUUUCUCAAUUGUCCUUCGAUUUCAAGAUGGCUCUCGUUAUCGCCGCACUGUUAGGCUUCGCCCAAUUGCCAAUUGCGCAUGCUGUUGACUCGCUGAAAAUCGAGACGACGUCUGGCACAGUGCAGGGUGCGGUUGAUUCAAUUACACCAAAUGUUGCUCACUUCCUUGGAGUGCCCUUCGCUGAGCAGCCCCUGGGAAAGCGUCGUUGGUUGCCAGCGAUCCCAAAGACGAAAGAGAAUGGAACACUUGAUGCCAGCAACUUUGGUCCUGCCUGUCCCCAGUUUGAAGGCAACACGGACAAUGUUUGGCUCACCGACGCGCCUGAAUUCGUCAUCACACCAAGGAACUAUACCGGCGAAGACUGUCUGACUGUCAACGUAUGGGCGCCAUGGAAGAAGGACGGCGAUCAAGGCAACUGCACGGAAGAAGUCUAUGAGACCGAGGAGAAGCUGCCUGUCCUUGCGUGGAUCCAUGGCGGCUCUUUCCAGACGGGUGCCUCCACUGUGCCUUACCAAGAUCCCAGCCGAUGGAUCCAAAGGAGCGGAAAGCACAUUGUUGUUGGCAUACAAUAUCGCCUGGGCAUCUUUGGACAGCCCAAUGCGGCAGGCCUUGCAGAUGAUGAGCAGAACCUUGGACUGCUUGACCAGCGUUUAGCACUAGAGUGGAUUCGUGACAACAUCGCCAACUUUGGUGGUGAUCCAGAACGCAUCACUCUCUGGGGACAAUCUGCGGGUGCUGUCUCUGUCGACAACUACAACUUCGCCUACCCUGAGGAUCCAAUUGUCUCCUCUCUGAUUAUGCACUCUGGAACAUCAUUCCUGGACCUCACCUCUAGGGACCCAGAUCACACCAACUUCACAUCUGUCGCCACUUCCCUGGGCUGUGGUAGCUUGAAUGGCACAGCUGAAAUUGAAUGUCUCCGAAACGUGCCCUUCAGGGAGAUCAUCUCCUUCCUCAAGACCCGCUCCGAUAACGGCACAACCCCCGGCCUAACAUUCAACCCAAUCAUCGACAACCGCACUAGGUUCAGCAACUACACUGCGCGCGCUCUUGCUGGGAACUACACCCGCAAGCCCGCCAUCAUGGGUACCACCGUGGACGAAGGCACUCCCUUCCUGCCCUACAACCGUACCUACGGCCCCGAUCCAGCGGCCGCCGACUCCAUCACUCUGGGCUUCUUCCUCUGCCCGACCGUGCAGACAACGCACGACAGGUUCGCCUCCAACUCUACCUCAUUCCGCUACCUGUACGCCGGAAACUUCUCCAACAUUGCUCCGCAGCCGUGGGAGGGUGCGUACCACCAGUCUGACUUGCCACUUGUUUUCGGCACGCACAACAUUGCCCGCAGCAACUCUACGGCUCUUGAGUUCGCUGUGAGCGAGGCAAUGCAGGACUACUGGGUUGCGUUCGCGGAGGACCCGGUGAACGGGUUAUCCAAGGCGGGCUGGGAGGCGUAUGAGCCGACUGGUGAGGCGGUGUUGUUCGGGUACAAGAACCAGGCGGUGCAGCCGAUUAAGGAGGCUGAUUUGGAGGCACCGUGCAACGGGUUGGUGCCAAAUGGACUUCCUAAGCCACCAACAUUUUAGAGAUGGGGUGAAGGAUGCCAAUUUACGUAAUGUUAUUGUGAUGAUAGAUGACAGAUGACCGUUGGUAAUGAGUCGUAUAAGGAUGAAUAGAUGACGGUGUCAACAAACUAGCGUCCUGUGUCCAAAACCUUACCAGUGCUAACCCCUGAGUGUACCAGCUCCUGAUCAUUUUUCUGACACUAGGAUUAGAUAGUUCUCAGUAGGUGUUCAGCUGCUUUGUCAAGCCCAGCUCUUGUCA